AUGAUUGGACACCUCGGGAGAGAAGUAUGUCAUUUCAUCCUACGGGUAGGACGAUUCACGGAGGUAGGACAACUCGGCAGAACACCGGUCGCUGCUCAGGAGGCAUCAGGCGACGCCUGGCCUCCAACCGCCCCUCCCAUCCACAGCAGUGUCAACCAGAUGCUGUGUGCUUCCCAAACACUGGACGCGGUGACACUUACCCCUGAAGUGGUGUCCCCACCUGUCCCCCCUCAGCCCCGGCAGCCCCCACCAGCCCUCUACUCCCCCAGGUCUGAGGCACUGUAUCUGGCGGAGGAUGCCAGUCCUCCGGCAUGUGAGGCGUAUGAGCCCCAGCAACCACGAGUGCACCUAAAUGUUUCCUCUGGUCUGUCAAGAUCAGCAGGCUCAGCAUCCAGUGCCUUUGAGAUGUACAAUCCCAGACCAGGCAACGCGCUGCAACCAAGGAGCCAAGGAGGCAUCACCGAGGGACUUGUCAAGGGGGCCCUUUCUGUGGCCGCAUCCGCCUAUAAGGCUCUCUUCACUGGACCAAACUGUUCCAUACAGGUACGCUGCACAGCAGUCCGCUGUUCGAACCGUAGACCUCUGCACAUGCUUUUAACCCUUGUAAGGCGCUCAACCCGGGUCAGAAUGACCCGAACCAGAGCGAAGGCCCUCAGAGGACUUGCCGAUCCAUUAGUGCCCUGCAAGGGUUACACAUGUUGGGGGUGCCAACACUGA